GCAAUAUUAUAGCUUUCUCUAAGAUGUUGACCAUUAGCUGAUACUCUUGUUUCCAAGAACUCCAGACGGUUUAGCAGGGACGGAUGAAGAUGAAGAUGAAGAUUGAAGUCGAAGUAAUCUCCGAAGAAACAAUAAAGCCCUCAUCUCCAACCCCUCACCAUCUCCGCCAUCACCACCUCUCCUUUCUCGACCAGUUAGCUCCCCACGCAUAUGUUCCUUUUCUCUACUUCUAUUCGAUCCCCAACUCCCACAACCACACUCAAAUCUCCACCCACCUCAAGAAGUCUCUCUCCAAAGCCUUAACCCAGUACUACCCACUUGCCGGCCGAGUCAAGCACAACCUCUUUGUAGAUUGCAACGGCUUUGGUGUCCCCUUCUAUGAAGCUCGAGUCGAAACCCUGUCACUCUCUGAAGUCCUCACCAAUCCCUCCCUGCACGAACUGAACAACUUGCUGCCGUUUAAGCUCGACGGAUUCAGAGACAUACCUCUCGGAGUUCAGCUCAAUCGGUUUCGAUGCGGAGGAGUUGCGAUCGGAUUGGCCGCUUCGCAUCGAGUUGCAGAUGGGUUGUCUAUUUACACGUUUGUUAAAAACUGGGCAGCAACUGCUUGUGGGAAUGAGAGUGUGAGUCCGGAUUUUUCGGCAGCUUCAAUUUUCCCUCCAAGGAAUAUGGAUGGAUACAACGGGGUUUCAAUUCCAAAAAAGAAUGAUAUUGUGACCAAGGGGUUUGUGUUUGAUGGGUUAAAGAUUGAAGCUUUACGAUCAAAGUAUGCAGAGAGCAUUGGAUUGAAGACCAAGAAACUGCCAUCCCGCGUCGAGGCAUUGUCUGCUUUUCUGUGGAACAAGUUUAUGGCUGCGGCGUCGAAGGAAGAAGAAUCAAGUUCGACAAAGUUGUACACGGUUGUGUAUAUAAUGGAUCUUCGUUCGAGAUUUAACCCACCUCUGCCGCAAAAUAGUUUUGGGAACUAUUACCGGGCAGCCACUGCAACUCCAACAUUGGUCAAUGGGGAGGAGAGAGGUGGCCUUGUGAGGCAGGUGAUUGAGGAAAUAGAGAAGAUUGACAAUAAGUAUAUGAGGAAAUUUCAAGAUGGCUAUGAGGAACAUUUGGAUUUCAUGAGGAGAAGAAUGGAAAGGGCUGCAAAAGGAGAGCUGGUUACGCUAACAUUUUCGAGUGUGUGCAGGUUUCCACUGUAUGAUGCUGAUUUUGGUUGGGGGAAGCCAGCAUGGGUGAGCAUGGCUGCCAUGAAAAUCAAUAACCAAAUAGUUUUCAUGGAUACCAAAUUGGGUGAUGGAAUAGAGUCAUAUUUUAGCUUCAAGGAGGAAGACAUGGCCAAGUUUGAACUCGACUCAGAGUUCGUCGAGUUGAUUUCUCCGAUUGGUAAUGUCAAGAAAAGUCCAUUUGCACGUCUUUAGAUCUAGCUUGAAUAAUACAUCAAUAACAUUUACUCAUUUAUACUGUAG